UACAAUUUCAAACACAUAAACUUCAAAUUCUGACUCCAAUUGUGGUCUCUGAUGACAUGCACUCAAACUCUAUAUAUAUCUGCCCCUUCCUACCCUUUUAAACCCUGCUUUCUCAUCCAACACUUCCAAACAUUACAAAAAAAUAAUAUACACUCCCCAAAGAAAAAUGUCAGCCUGCAGCAAAAUCCGUCACAUUGUAAAGCUCCGCCAAAUGCUUCAACGCUGGAGGAAGAAGGCCUCUACAACGUCGUCCCGUCGCCGCGUCCCGACCGACGUGCCCUCGGGUCACGUAGCGAUUACAGUGGGCGCCAAUUGCAAGAGAUUUGUUGUCCGUGCCACUUAUUUAAACCAUCCAAUGUUCAAAAAAUUGUUGUCACAAACAGAGGAAGAAUAUGGUUUUACUAAUUCUGGCCCAUUAGCCAUUCCUUGUGACGAAUAUUUAUUCGAAGAGUUACUUCGUUACUUGGCUCGAUUCGACUCCGUUAACAACAAUAAUAAUAAUACGAUACCGUUGGUGAAAUAUUUUGAAGAUUUUCAAAGAUAUUGUCGCAUUGAUAUUCGAAGUGAUAUUGAUUUUUGGGGAGAUUCUAGGCCACUUUUGCAUAAUAAGUCUGUAUGGUAAAUUGGUAAUCCACCAGAGAAGAAUCAAGAUGUUAAGUCGAUGAAUACAGACAGCCAUGAGAAUGUGAUUGGAGAUGGCAAGAAAGUGGACGAGCUGAUUAGUCCACACAGAGUCGUCCCACAUUUCGAAUAAGAGUGAAAUUCAAGAG